AAGCAAUCAUUUGUAUAGCUUUUUAAAGCCAGAUUUGAAAACAAUAGAUGGCAACACUGCUGUGCGCUCUCCAUUGUUGUCGCGUGCUCGCUCCCUCUCUAUCUCUCACGACGUCACUUUUGGCCAGGCCAACUCAACUCACGCACACCUGCGACGCUCAUUCUUGACUGAAUUGCCGUAAAAAGCAACCAACUGGAAUUCACUUUACGCACAAGAACGACAUUGGAACGCAGCAGGAUGUGGAAAGCGUAGUAGAAAAGGCAGUAGACAACACGCAACGGAGGCCGGAAAACGUGGAAAUGACUAGCUAAUUAAUUAGCUAAGUAGGCAAAGAAAAGCGGCGAAAAUAGGUGUAACACUUCUAAAACCAACAAUAAAUUCCGAUUUGUUGCAAAAUUUACAACGAGUCAAGGGCAAGGGCUUAAAAUGACAUCAUACGCAAAUGACACAACGUCCGCAGCAACAACAACGACAACAUCAUCUACUGCAGCAGCAACAUCAGCUGUCGCAGUAGAAUCGGCAGCAGCAAUAACAGCUGACACCGCCCCCCUAUCAACUGUGGGGGGCGUGGCCACAUCAGCUGAUUCAUCCAAAGUCAAAGGCCGCGACAAUUUGUCCAUCAGCCGUACACAAUAUGGCGAUGAGGAUGGCAAUAGCAGCGAUGGGCGUGAAAAGGCUGACACAACGCCGGAAAAUCUUAAGAAAAUGACUGAAAUAAUAGAUAGCCCAGAUGGUACGACCUCGGCCAGUUCGCCAAUUCCCUCCCCUCGUCAUGUCCAGCUCAGGAAUCCAAUGAAUCCCGGCUUCGUGGGCCUCGGGGCCGCUAUCGAUGACUCCUGUGGCAAAUUUUGCCUUGGCAACCCGCCACUAUCGCCGGCCGAGAAAGCGGCGGCGGCACAAAGCCGAGCGAACCAGCAACAUGGCAACAGCAGCAGCAACAGCAACAGCAAAACCAACAAUAAAUCAGGCGCCGAUGAAGAGGAGAACUCGACCGAGUCGAAUGCAACGACGAAAGCAUCGCUGGCCUUCACCAUUGAUCAUUUCGAUGCCUCCGAGAACGAUUCUGCGGCUCAGGCAGCGCGCUACAAGAACAUGAUGGAACGUUUCCAGAGUCGCCAUAAGAGAGGUGCCUCCAUGUCCAAACUGGAGACGGAAAAGGAUAACACAACGACAACCUCAAAUAGUGGAAGACAGUCGCAAAGAAGUAGUUUGGAUGCUGGUAGUAGUAUGGCCGAUGAUAUCUCAUCCCUGACAACGGCCACGCCCAACAGCGAACAAGCGCCUCCGGUGCAGGUGAAGAUGCGUGUGCGAGAUCGUAGUGCCUCCCGGGUUAGAGAUGCCUCCAAGCGACACAGUUGGUCGCCCAGAAGCUCUGCCAAUGCACCGGAACCAAGUGCUGCACCUGCUCCUAGACCCGCAAGUCGAUCCAAACUCCCACCACCACCAGCAGCAACAAAGGGAACCUCCAAUCUGGUGGCCAAUCGUACGAGCAAUCAGUUUACACCCCGUUCCACUGCCAUGCAGCUGGCCCUGCGCCAGGUGGAGAUGCUAUGUCCACAACCACCGCUGGCGGAUGGUAAACCACCGGCCGAGAACGAUGCAGUCAGUGAAGCGGGCACUUAUACUUUGGAUGGGGAUAACUAUACGGAGGAGCAAAAGGAUCUCAUGAAUAUCGAUAGGAAUGGGAAAGGAGCGGCUGCCAAGCAGCGACCCAAACAAUUGCCAGUGAAGUCGAGCCGCGGUAGCAAUGUCCUAGAGGUGAACUACUACCAUGAAACGCCGCUGCAGGAGCAGCUACCACAGCAACUGCCAGCCCAGAGGAGCUCUACGGGUGCCUAUCUGGAUCAACUAAAGACUCGCGUGCUGCGCCAGCAGGUUCCUCUGUCGCCUCCCACUCCUCCGUCCCCUGCAGCGGAUAUGGGUUGCUUUACCAGUGUGACCACCAGUGGAGUGCUGGCCAAACAACGGGCCUUGGAUACUCAUCCCAAGCUCACCAGACACUCGCACAGCUUGUCCACAUCGCAGAUCGACAGCUCUGAGUAUGUGAGCAAUGAGGCUAAAUUGAGACACACGCAGGCCUUGUCCGGAUCGGCCACAGAUCGCCAGAAGGCCGAGUAUCGACUGAAUGUGUUCACUACUAGUACCAAUCAGCAGCACCAAUUACCGGAGACGCCAACCACGCCUACUCAAAGCUCGGAGGCUGCCCUGCUGCAAACGGCGCAGACUAAGCAGGAUUGGAUUCAAGAAUGGGCACGCAAUGCUCGGGCCAGGAGUCUGGCGCAGGAUGUCAGUGGAACGAGUGCCAGUCGCCGGAAGCAACAGCAACAGCAGCAGGCACAAGCACAGCAACUAAUGACACGCAGCUAUAAUUGUUCAGAUACUGGAGGAGAUUCCUUGACCGAUGACAGCCUAAGCUUGUACAACCAGCAGCGGCAGUAUGCGGCGGCAGCUAAGCUUAAUCGCAGUCUGGCGGAACGGUAUCGCCUAAUGGGCGACUGUGACUACGCCAGCGAUCCAGCAUUGUGCAGCCAUGGCGGAGGAGGUGGUGGUGGACAGGUGCUAGAGCCAGGAUAUAAACCACCCAAAAGUCCCAGCAAGAUUCCCUCGCCGCUGCACACGCUGGGACGUGCGCGCAGUGCCAGUCGCUCGCGUCCACCAACGGAUGCUUAUUUGGAGCAAACAGCUGCGGCUAUAAGUAACCUCCAGCAGUCGCUAUCACGGAGGAGCUCCGUUAAAUCGCCAGCUCAGAGUAGUCCGCAGCACAGUUUGGAAUCAGGAAUGGGCGCAGGAGCUGGCGGUGGCUAUAGACGAUCUCCGCUCCAUCGGGCGCUCAUGACCAGCAGCAUCAACGAGGCGCAGCUGCAGUUGCUCACCAGCGGCGAGUAUCUUCUCAAGCAAUUGCGUCGCCGCAAGAACUCCCUAGAGUAUGAUCCUGGUCAGGAAGUGGAACAGAUUGAGCCAGCUGCUGCCCCCUUGUCGCCGCUGCGUCGAUCGAGUAGCUUCCAGCAGCAGCAAGGACAACAUCCUGUACGUCAGGCACGUCCCAAUUUCCAGAACCUCUACACACCGCCCGCUGCCCGUCACGCCCACGCCCUGAGUACCGUUAACCAGCAGCAGCAGCUAAAGAAAUCCGCCAGCAGCAAUAACUUUGACCAAGCCUACAGCGACUAUGACAAUGAGUUGCAGUAUUACAUUAACGAUGAGGAUGAAAUGGGCACCACUGGUGCUUACUACUCCAGCAAUGAAGAGGAGGAGGUCGAGGAGAACCAGGAGGGAACCCAAGGUGCUGUGCCGCUAAGUAACACGCGAAUGAACAAGGCUCUGUUGAUGCGGAUCGAGAGGAGUAAACAAAGGGUGGCCGGAACACAGGCACCGUCAAAACCAGCCUCAGCUCCAGCGGGAAAGCUGAAUAUAGCACAAAGUGGAGCUGGCUUGGUAGCCUGUCCAAAUACACCUGAAAUGCCGCGCCGUGGAAUUAAGAGUGCAUCGAGGGUAGCCCCGGGAUCGGGCAAUCGAAACACCCGACAGUCUAUGCCCCGGGAGACAAGUCUCAGCCGACUGGCCCAGCAGGUGCCCAGUUCUUUGGCCAAUGCCAAGAAGCAGCUGCUCCAAACAGCCAAUGCUGGUGUCAACUCCAAUUCAAGGGAUCAGCGCGUGCAACCCAAAUACCUGGACAUCUCCAAGUACAAGUCAGCGCAGUCGAAUAACUUUCUGCGAAAGAACGAUGCCAAGAGCACUCUAAAGCCAGCGGAUCAAAUGAAACGAAGUCCCAGCGCCUCCUCCAUGGGCUUGAGUCGCGGUGAGGGAACAAGGGCCAGUAAUCGAAGUGUGCGCAGUACAGCCUCGGCGAUGAACACCAGUACUACAUCGCUGGGAGGUGGAAAUCCGGGAUCAAGGAACUCUUCUGCAAUGCGUCGCGAUGCCUCAGUAAACAAACAAAAGGAGGCCGAAAUGGCCAUGUGGAAGCGACGAUCCACCUAUGAUCCUAUGAAGGCGGCAGCAGAGGAUCGCCGAAAGAAGGAAGAAGCUCGACGUGCCCAAAGCGAAGCUCAGCGACAGAUCAACGAUGAGGUUGAUGAAAUACCGUUUGAGAGUGUGCUGCGCCCAGCCAACAAUUUGACCAUCACGAGCGGGGGAAACAGCUACAGUCCUCGAAACUCCGUGGAAAACGACGCCUGGACGCUUGGUGAAUCCUCAGAGUUUGGUGAAUAUCCCGAUGACUACGAUGAGAACGAUGAAGUGGAUGGCGAUGAGGAUGACAUUGACUAUGUGGGCCAGGAAUCCGAUGAUGUUUUUGAAGCGGAAUCCGCUGAGGUUGAGGUCCAGGGCGCACAGUAGGCAACCAGUAAACAGAAAACACAAACCAGCAACAGUGAUAAAUAAUUCGAUAUAUACAUAACUGCAUAAAUAUAUGUAUAACAUAUUGUAUAUCUUAGCGAUGGAUGAUGCAAUAUAGGCAUUAAUCUAUCUGAGUUAAACAAAUUUCAUUAAUCGAUUAGCUGACAUGAUUUUCCCUUGGCUUAUUCGAUUUUUAUUUUAUAUGAAGUUUAUAAUUUGAACACCGAAGAUCAUCGAAUAAUCCAAAUAAAAUUAAAGUUACUAACUUCAGAUCUGUCCAAAUGCCAUAGCAGAAAGUUUUAUAAAAUGUUCAAAUUCACUUCUGAAAUGAUGAGGAAAAUUCUAUGAAAACGAGGUUAAAUAACAGAUAAAUAUGAAAAUUCAAUAUGUUUUCUAGCAAUAUCAGUUUUGGUGCAAAUGUUUUCAAGUUUAAAGAAAAAUAAUACUCAGAUGUGUCCUAGGCUUAGUUGAGGUUUAGUAGAAAGGGAUUUCAAGCCGAAAUGACUGCGUUUAAGUGCUAAAACGAAACAAUAUAAUUUUAAGUACUGCUGACCCCAAAACACCGGGAAAACUGACCAAGAGGAAUUGAAAUGUUUUGUAAUGUGAGCUGAAAUCACCAUUUUCUUUGCCCAAUUAUUAAGUUUUCUUUUGCAGAAACAAUUUGUAGUUACUCAUGAACUCAUGUCUGUAGGUUUUUAUAUACAUAAAUAUAGUAUAUAUGCAAACACUCGAUGGAAGGUAGCUUACAUAACAAAUUAUGAUACGAUCUAGUUUUAUAUAUGCAUACAAUACACUAGCUGAGUACUUCUUAUACAGACGUCUAGUUUAGUACUAUAUAAAUGGAGCAUAUGUGGUAUUCGCUUUUAAACCAACUAAAUUGUUAAAAUAUUUAUCCUUUGAAACAGAACAAUGUGAAAUAUCAAAGCAAAGGUGUCGGUGUCCAUAAUAGCAACUGCUCUCUGGAUCUAUUGGAUUUUAGUUAAUGUAUUUUUUUUUAAACAGCCGUCGGUAUUUUUAAUAAUAACUCCAAAUGCCCAAGUCAGCUUAAGCAAUAGACAAUAUUUACUAAAAAAUAAAAACAAAGACUUCUUUGUCCAACGAAAAAGUUCCAGAAGCAGUUGCCCGGUUUUAAAACAUUUUAUUAUUUAGAUCAGCUAUAUAUAUUUUAAUAUAAUUAAAUUUGCAAAUUGGAAGGAACAACUACAAAUAUCAGCCGUCUAAAACAUUUUUAAAAUUUGUAUAUUUUAAGUAAACGGAGAUGAAAGCAUUGUUUUUCGUAUUGUGUCCUAUUUCUUGUUAUUUUAUUUCUCCAAUAAUUUUAGAUAAACCAAAAUAAACGAUGACAAAAAUAAACAAA